AUGGAAUCGCCGGAAUACGAGGCGUUUGAACAGACCGGGCCGAACGAGUGCGUGGUCAUGGAGAGCGUCGGGCCGUGGGAGAGCGUCGGCGGCGAUAUCAAGUUUUUACGAUUGGCGCAGCUUAAAUGCGCGGGAUUAGUGACCGAUGGAAGCGUGAGAGACACCGCGGUGUUGCGGGAGUACGGAUUUCCGGUGUUUUCGAUUUCGACGACGCCGAGACAAGGACCGCACGUGCACCAGCCGUGGGAGGCGAACGGCGUCAUCACGUGCGGCGGCAUCGUCGUGCGACCGGGCGACGCGAUCAUCGGCGAUCAAGACGGCGUUGUCGUUAUUCCAGCGUCUCACGCGCAGGAAGUGUACGAUAUCGCGCACUCUCGAGAGAUUGUCGAGGAUAUCGUGAAGACGGAGCUCGCGACAAAU